CAGCGACAUAGAUCGCACGCAUGUAUCGCGAGUGAGUGCUGCAGUGUUGUGGGGCAAAGGCCCAUACAUUCGAAAAUAGCAAACGAAAAAAUUGAACCCCAGAUGGGAGUAUACGAGGAGAGGGGGACGAUGCACUGGCAACAAAGUGAGAGAUACCUAACGUCGGCGUACGAGGGGGGCGGCGACUUGUCCCCUGUCGCGCCCGCGACUUCCCCUGGCUCACCGCGUGACUGCACCUCGUGUCGCAAGAGGGAACCCCCGGACGAAACGCCCCAACCUCCCCCUGAAGACGCUUGUGCCGGCUGCGGCGGCCGUAUCACCGACAGAUACUACCUUCUGGCACUAGAGCGCCGCUGGCAUACACCCUGCCUAAAAUGUUGCGAAUGUAAAAUGCCCCUCGACUCAGAACAGCGGUGCUACGCCAGAGACAGCAACAUUUUCUGCAAAAAUGAUUAUUUCAGGUUAUACGGCUCAAAGCGAUGUGCUCGCUGCAAUACCCCAAUCUCUGCUUCGGAACUAGUGAUGCGUGCGCGGGACCUGGUGUUCCACGUGCACUGCUUCUCAUGUGCUCUAUGCAGCACCCCUCUGAACAAAGGAGACACCUUCGGCAUUAGAGAUUCAGCAGUUUACUGCAGGCUGCACUAUGAGACCAUGCCGGACUACGGCGCACACAUGGCCGUACCAGGCCCUCCACAGAUGUGUCCAGUGCCCUACGCUACGGGCCCCGCACCUGGACCUCACUACCCCCCGUACCCUUCCCCAGAGUUCGCUCGCGUGGACAAUGAUGUUCCUAAAGGUCCGUUCUUCAACGGCUCCACAGCGCCCCCUCCCCGACAAAAAGGACGACCCCGAAAAAAGAAGCCCAAAGAUCAGGAACUGAUGGCUGCAAACUUAGAUCUCAAUCCGGAGUACCUGGAACUCGGGUUCCGGGGCGGUGCUGGACUGGGCUCAUCGUCGCGCACCAAGCGCAUGCGUACCAGCUUUAAACAUCACCAGCUAAGAACAAUGAAGUCAUAUUUCGCGAUCAACCACAAUCCAGACGCUAAAGAUCUGAAGCAACUGAGUCAGAAGACAGGCCUGCCCAAACGAGUUUUGCAGGUUUGGUUCCAGAAUGCCCGGGCCAAGUGGAGGAGGAUGGUGACAAAGCAGGAGAGCAAGCUCUCCGACAAAUGCUCCCCAGAUGCUUCUCUCGAUAUGGACCUAUACCAUGGUCAAAUGGGGUCGAUUCAGUCGUUGCCACCUCACAGCCCACCCUACAGCGUAAUGGGAGGCCCACCGAGCCCGAACUCCAUGGAUUGCCCCUAGCCUUCAUUAAGCGCCUUAUGAGCGCCAUAAACCUUAAUCCGUGUGGUACGCCAAGCCGCACUAUGCGGAGGGGUGUGCCAGCUGCCUCCUACAAG